AUGUAUGACAAACCCAAACAAGGGAACCUAACGCCAUCUCUCAUUGCAGCCCAAAUUGCCGAACGGCACAACACUGAGACGCUGACCACACCAACUAACGACAGAGAAGAUCCCUUCCUGGAGAUCUCAGAAACACAAUCCCGAGUAGCAACAGCAUACCAGACAGACGGAAACAACAAGAAAAGACACAUUCAUAUCUCACCGAACACAUCCCCAACUCCACAACGAUCCCAAUCAACAAACUUGUUUCAAUCCCUCACAAACUUCAAUAUACUAGGUGACAACAGCCUUCCCAAUCAACAGCCACCCCAAUACUAA